ACAUUAUUGAGACAAUCAAUUUCAGGAUUGGCAUAAUUAUUUGAAGCCGUCAAUGUUCAUCUUGUAAUGUUUGUGAGUUAGAUACAUCUAUAAUCAAUAAGUUUUUAUUGAAGCUAGUGUUGCCCUCAAAAGAAGAAUGUUUACUUGUGGGACCUCGCAGAUCACUUAUGGAUCCCAGAUUUUAUUCAAGAUUAAAGAAGUCACAUCUACAGACAAUAACAACCAUGAUCAUUCUGGUCGCAGCGCUAGCUGUUUACAUGCCAAAAAUCUUCUAAGAGAUGAAGACACGAACAAGGUCGCAAUAUCGACCAAUUACCGUGUUAAUUUCCGGUGAGAUCCAGCAAUAAGCAGUCUUCCUACAAUUUUGUUAUUGAGCAAAACAACCUGGAUCAAAUUUCUUUGAUGCAAAUUGCACAGCCGAUUAGAUGGAUGAAAAUGCAAUAUGAAGGUUGGAUGGGGCAUACAUCAAGUACGACAAUAUACCAUUGACUGGAAAGACUACAAUGAUUAAAGAUGUAAUUAAGGUUGUUGUAAUGACGUAGGAAGCAUCUUCCUCCUGCCAAAAACAAACAGAAUUCACAUUUUAUCACUUAAAAUACGUCGAUUCGAAAAGAAAUUACGCUAGCGGGUUUUUUUGUAUCCAGUAUUGUGGAGACUGCCGAGUAAAACCAAAUGCAGGAUGAUAACCAUGCCAAACUAAGAGGAGGUGGGGAACAUUAUGGUUAGAUUCUUGUUUGGUGAAAUACUUAUCCAAGAGUUUUUAUAGAACUGCUUUCUUCUGCUUUUAAGCAAUCAUUCAUUUUGUAAUGGGAUAAAACAGGAGAACGAGAAUGUCUCGUCCCAAGUUCCAGUUUACUGUAGUCGUGAUCUUGAUGUCAUAUAUGAACAGACAACACUCGACCAUCGCAUUCGAUUGUAAGCCUCUGGUUCUUGCCGAUACAUCUGUCAUUCAUCUGAUGGAAACGAGAAUAGAUAAUGGCCCCCUGGUCGCCCAUCUUAAAAGAUACCAUCACUUCAUAUGCAGGCCUAUACCACCACAAGAAGCAAGGAUGACACUGACAUCAUCUCCAUCGGGUGGUAUUGCUGAGAGUACAUCAGAUGUACCCAUGACGUCGAGUGGUAUCACUGUGGGUACAUCAUCUGUACCCAUGGCGUCAAGUGGUGGCACAUCAGCUGCACCCAUGGCGUCGAGUGGUAUCACUGAGAGUACAUCAGCUGCACCCAUGGCGUCGAGUGGUACCACUCAGGGUAUAACAUCAGAUGUACCCAUGUCGUCGAGUGAUAUUACUGAGGGUACAUCAUCUGCAACCAUGGCUUCGAGUGGUAUCACUGAGAGUACAUUAGCUGCACCCAUGGCGUCGAGUGGUACCACUCAGGGUAUAACAUCAGAUGUACCCAUCAUGUCGUCGAGUGAUAUUACUGAGGGUACAUCAGCUGCACCCAUGGCGUCGAGCGGUGUUGCCGAGAGCACAGCUGCACCCACAUAUCUUUCCUCGAUCGAUCCAUCUGUUUCAACCAUUCUACCGCCGUCAUCGACGUACACGUCAGUUACAUCAGAGUAUACAACAUCUAAAUUAGCCUCUGGAAGCCCCACCGGGACAACCACUGUUGGCUCAAUCACGUCUGACUCAGUAACACAGGACAGUACAUCGGAUACAACAAGAGGUUCCACUAACUCAGCUCCUCUACCAGGUGGAAGUGAUGAAAAUGAUGAUUAGUGGUUAAAUAUUUUUGCCGAAAAGCUCCUGCAUGAGAGACUGACAAUAAUGUCAUUAAACGUAGUCUACAAUGUUGUCCAUGCGGUGAUUUGAAUGAGAUUUGAAUGUGAUGUAGAUUUAUUUACAAACAAAAUUACAAUCAUUACAAAGUAAAAUAAUUAAAGAAUUUGCAAUCAAGCUUAAGUGUAGGCCUACAAUAAAAACAUAACAUUAGUUCAUUGAAUCAGGGACUGACUUUAAAACGUACCAAUUUAUCUGACUAAAAGCUAAGAAAAUUGAGCCAUCAAAACGGAGGAGGCUUGCCUAAAAAUCAAUACUUGUAAAAGAAGCAAGCCCUGUGAGUUAUAAUUUCAAAGUAAAGAAUCUUUAAUAACAUGUAAAAUAAUAGCAAAUGGAAAAUAACCACGAGAAACAACUGAUAUGAUAGGUUAAAAAAGGUAACAAAACGAUGAGUUUUGGAAAGAGGGAGAUGGGACCGGUGCACCGCGGUGGUGGAGAAGUAAAAGAGAUGGUGAAAAGGGUGAUGAAAAAAAUUUUAGCACGAUGUUUGAGCCCAGCCGUCACUCUAUCAUGAUAUAUUUUUUUAAACUGUCAAACGAGUUGUUUAAGAAGUUUAAACAAUAAUUGUUCAAAAGUGUAAACGCUAAUGUGCUUAGGUGACAAACUUAAUUAAACAAUUAAGGCAAGACUAAAUACAAAUAAAUUACAU